UGACCGAAUUGUUUUCCCUCCAUUUUCAUAAUUCUAACCUAAUUUCUCGUUAACUUUUACAGCACUAAACUUUUCCAGUUUAAUAUGGCAAAAGUAGAAAGAGUGAACUUGCCAUGGGUGGAGAAAUACCGGCCAACGGACUUGGAAGAGCUGGUCUCGCACGAGGACAUCAUUCGAACAAUUAAGAAAUUUAUUAAGGAUGACCAGGUACCGCACCUACUAUUUUAUGGGCCGCCGGGUACAGGUAAAACGACAACAAUUUUGGCCUGCGCUAGACAGUUAUAUUCACCCAAACAGUUCUCGUCAAUGGUUUUGGAGCUGAACGCGUCCGAUGAUCGCGGUAUCGGCAUUGUGAGGGGUCAAAUUCUUACCUUUGCCAGUACGAGAACUAUAUUUAAAUCGGGGUUCAAGUUGAUUAUUCUUGAUGAGGCAGAUGCGAUGACGAUGGAUGCUCAGAAUGCAUUACGUAGAAUUAUCGAAAAGUAUACAGAAAAUAUAAGAUUUUGCAUCAUUUGCAAUUAUUUAAGCAAGAUCAUACCAGCGUUACAGUCACGUUGCACAAGGUUCAGAUUUGCGCCACUCUCGCCCGAACAAAUCCUACCCAGGCUGGAGUACGUCAUCGAGCAAGAAAAAGUCUUAGUGACUGACGACGGAAAACAGGCGCUACUCACACUAGCAAACGGCGACAUGAGAAAAGUACUCAAUGUUUUACAGAGCACCUGGUUGGCAUUCAAGAAUGUAACCGGGGACAACGUGUACACGUGUGUAGGCCAUCCGCUUAAGAGCGACAUUGAAAAUAUCAUCAAGUGGCUUUUAAACGAAAGCUUCAAGGACACAGUUAACAACAUCAAGCAGCUACAAACGUUAAAAGGGCUAGCUUUACCCGACAUCCUUACCGAGGUGCAUCACUACGUCCAUCGAAUCGAAUUUCCUUAUAAUGUUCUCAUCAAUGUACUGGAUAAAAUGGCGAGUAUCGAGCAUCGACUGUCAGUCGGGGCAGAUGAGCCCAUCCAGCUGACUGCCCUAGUUUCCGCUUUCCAAUGUGUGAAAGACAUAUCGCUUCCUAACGGAUCUUCAACAGUGGAAUGAGUACUAAUUAUAUCAGUUUUUUUAAUAAAUGUUUUUUAUGUGA